UUCCGUGGCGCGUGGUAGCGCGCGAGCGCGUUAUCAACGACUGGGAGAGAGAAAACGGAAUAACCGGGGCUCGCCUAAAAGCAACACGAUUACGGGAGCGGGAGGCAGUGAAAUCACCUGAGGAUUUUCUCAGCUACUAGACGCCCCGUCGUUUCGUUGAACGCUGCCACAUCACGACCCCUUUCCGUUAGAAAGCUGCAAAGAGAUCUAAAAUGUCGCACACCGUUACAAUUACCCGCACUACCACCACUUCUGGCUCGCCAAUAAUUAUCAACACGGGGUACGGCUGCGGAGUUCACGGUAUACUCAAGAUCCUUCAAACUGUAUUCGGUGGAAUAUGUCUGGGACUAAUGCUGCACUACACCAGCUCCAAGGGCUACAGCAAUUUCCACAUGCCCGGACAUGAGAUGUACUUCCUGCUGACUGCAUUUGGUUGUCUCCUCUGUACAUUCUUACUCCUCGUCGCGUCCUGCUGGUCCUUUACCUCGUCCUCGCUUCUCGCAAGAACCUCCUUCGAAAUCCUGUUCCACCUCGUGGCAUGUGCGCUUUACAUGGCAGCUGGGAUCACCCUUCUCACGAAGACUUUGGACAACAAGCGGCUCUACAGCGACGAACACUACAACGCUCGGAUAGCAGCUGCUGUCUUCGCUAUCAUGAACGGAUGCCUGUACCUGGUUGGUGCCUUCAUGUCCUUCCGCAUCUUCCGUCAGGGCUAAACACCAAAAUCAACCGUCCAGCCCGCUGAGGAAGUUUGGCGAGAAAUGCUGCCUUUAUGUGACACUCUUUCUACUAAUGCCAUGUACUUUCAACUGCAAUGUUGCACCGCAUGUUCGUUGUGUACUGUACACUAGAAUCACCGAAUAAGCUUCGUUCCAGUCACCCCGUCACUGUGGUGCUCGCGGAAGCGUUCGACGCCAUUUUGUUUCCGCACGCUCUAUACGCCGCCCUCUAUGGUGGUACCCACGCGGUGAAUCGACUGAUGUACCCUGACAGUUUUGCGAUGCGACCGGUAGAUCCACCAUACGCGGCGUAAGGUAUAGUUCGAAGAAAAAUGACAAAAACUGCUUUCGUGUUCCUGGAUGACGGUACUGUGACUCGAAGGUUAUUUUGCCACUUUGCUGUAAGCGUAGACGUGCCUUUGGUGUGACAUAUGCAGGCUUUCUGACGCAGUGCGAUAUGUUUCGUGACUAAGUGUGUCUACGUUCUGUGGCGCUCAGGUAUACUUAAGAGAUUGCUGGUACGCGACGUAGGUGACGUACUCCGGUGCACAGUUGUGUCUGUUUAAUGUCUCAUUGUUGUAUUGGUGUCGAUAGUCCUAAAGCUGGUUCGCAUGGUGCUGAUGGGGCUGUCCAGUUGGCAAUGAAAGAGGUAGGUAGCACUGUAGUAGCAACUUUCUACUCGACGUCAGGUCGGUUACUGUGAUUCUUACCGCGAAAACCAACCUCUGCAAGAAAUUCGAAGCGAGCCUGAUAUUGUAAGGUAACUGCCAUCUAUUGGCACAAGAUGAAAUUUACGCGUGCGUCGUCGGAGUCUUUUAUUUUGACUUCUCCUAAAUAACGAUUCUUGAUUAUGAGGCUUAUAUCAAGAAGUCUCCACUUUCAAAGAACAGAUUCCCCCCCCCCCCCCCCCCUCUGUUACCUUCUAGCGCCAUCAUUCAUCGCCAUUGCGCUGCGUCUGUUGCUUUUGCGCCUCAUUAUUUUGUGUGAGGUUUGAAUCAUGUCAUAACUGUAGGUUCCUCCUUAGUGUUGUCCGUUAGUUGUGAUCUCUUAGAUGCUGCUCCAUCGUGAACUUUCACCAAUAUUCAGGAACUGCCUGUUUUGAGUGGCAUUUAUUUUUGCUGAGAAAAUAGUGACGAUACACCCGUGCUAUAAUGAGGGACUUCUGGUAACACGACAUCCAAAGUUAUAAGGUCAUGUGUCUGUUUUUUUGGAUGUGCAGCAAUUGCAGAUAAACAGCUAGUGGAGUUUUUUUUUUUUUAUGCCUCUCACACAGUUAUGAAACGUGGUUAUAAUAUGCCAAGCAGGAUCUUUUUUUUUUACAUCCGUCGAAGAAUAUAUUUGAAUAUCAACAAUACACUUUCGUAACGACGCACUUUCUCUGUUAUUCUUUAAUUGAUAGAUGCAUGUCUGUAUGUAUGUUUGAUAUUUUGCCGAGCCAAAGACGGUCAUAGCAUUUUUUUCUUCCCUUUCAAUGAUGCAAUAGCCCUUUGCAAAAUAUUAGUGCUAAUUUUGAUCCACAAGAUAGGGAUCGCACGCUGUAAAAAGAACACUGCUGCUGCAACUACAAACGUUUGACCACUGCACUAUUGUGCACAACCACUCGAGUUAAACUUACCAUUGCAUGAAGGAACACUUCAGCGUGCCUUGAACGUAUGCCUAAGGUUUAAUGGCUGCCAAAAGAUAUUUCGUACGACCGCUUUCGGACAAACGGUGUCAUUACCAGCGUUCAAUAAGUGCCUCGGCGCGCAGUGUCACUUUUCACGUCUUAAAGAAGGUACAAUCCACGGGAGAUUAUUGCUCGAAUAUUGUGGCAUGACAGCGAGACAUUUUGAUGAUCCUUCAUCAAUUGCAUUAUCUUGCUUGGAGAUGACGUCCAUCAUUGUUGAAAAUCAUAACUACAGCCAUGAAACAACACCAUUAUUUUGUGUACGUGCUGUCGCUGCAUAUAUUUAUAACGCUAUAGCAAUCUCAUUAGUUUUCAGUCCGGAAUGCGAUUUGUAGUGGCAUUUUAUGGCUUCAAUAAAUUAUUAUUCACAGAA